UCCCACAUAACAAUUUAGUAUGAAUAAAUCAAAUGUCAUGCAUUUCGUCAAAUUAAAGUUUUGUUUGGGAUGGUUAUUAGUUUUGCGGGGAAACGGCAAUGAUUUAGAUGUGCUAGCUUAGAGGCUAACAACCAAAAUCCUUGCUAGCAAAGGCUAUGGUGAUGUCACUUCCGGUUACGAUGACAAGGUGAUUUAUACAGCACUGGAGUUGGCCAGAUGAUUUCGUUAUAUUCAUUAAUUCAUUAAUUUUCUACCGCUUAUCCUCGCGAAUGUAAAGGUAGAACAAGCGAGGUGUCAAAUUUCAGUGUUUACUACCGACUCAACUGACAACUUGAUAAGGUCUCCGCCGGUGGCUUAAAAGUGUUUUCUACACGUCCCCCACAAAAGGAAGCCCCUUCGAGGCGCACAGGUGUGGCACCUUUGAGCCUUUUGACGACAAGCCAUGGCGUCCAAGUAUGACGGCUUGUCCCACUGCAAGCUGGCCCUGGUGUUUGCCGUGCUGAUGGACCUCCUGGGCGUCAUAUCACUUCUGCUGGGGGUCUUCGCUCCCCUGGAGAUCCGAGGACGGGACUUCGGGGACCUUCUGGUGUACUCCGGGGCUCUGCUGGUGCUCCUGUCCUUGGCGGGCUGGGUGCUGUGGUACAGCGGGAACAUCGAGGGCCUGACAUCCAGGAAGGAGCUCGGGGGCGCCGUGGGUGGAGCCGUGGACCGCCUGGCUCGAUCCCUCAGCAGGAGGAUACGCCUGCCCAGGACUCGGAGCAGUCCAACAUAAGACCAUGGAGCACGACGGGAAUACUUUAUAAGGACAAACAAACCCCAAUUGGAACGUUCCACUGUUCAUCCUUGCAUGUAAUACGGGGGUGUCCGAAAAAUGAAAGGAUGCAACAGUUAUGGAAAUACUCAUAUGAAGUUAUUUAUGUUCAAGAAAGGAGCUUUGUCAUACUGACGUCAACUUAUCAACUUUCACCAAAAUAUUUCAACUUUAUUCCCAUAAUAUUGCAACCCCCCCCCCCCUAAAAAAAAACUUGGUUUUGUUUCUCAAAAUAUUAUCACAAAAAAUAAAUGUUUUUUCUUUAAUAUGUCAAAUCAUACUCAUAUUAAUUGCAAUGUGUUUUCUCCUUAGACUACAACUUUUUUCUUGUAUUAUUUGGACUUUAUUCGCAUAUAUUUUCACCUCAUAAUUAUGAAGUCACCCACAUAAUAUUUUGACUUUAUUCUCAUGACAUGGUAACAUUUUCCAAAUUUUUUUUUCUUAUAUUGACUUAAAAAUAUAUAAAAUAUUUAAUAUGUCAACUCUGUUACUAAAAUGUCAUUUUUCCAAUUUUCUCCCAUAAAAUUAGCUUUUUUCUUGUA